UUAGAACUCAUAAGCAGAAAUAGAGCCACUCCAGAAAACAACUCUCUUCUUCUUCUUCGAGCCUGUCGGCUAUUCCAUCCUUCUUCUGUUGCAGUUUGCUGAGUUAAUCUCGGAGACUAAUAGCUUCUCCUCGACUUGGGGAUCAAUGGACAAUCAUUAACACCCGCAGUCCUGUGAACCUCACAGUUAUUAGCAGAUUAUAUUCGAAAACUAGUUCCUAAUCUUCUAGAAUGCUUUCGUCAGUUAUUUCUCGAUAUUCAACUUUCUUACCUUCUUCUUUGCUUCUCGCGCAAUUCGAAACCUUGCUUCAUCAUCACGGUUAUCACUCCACCCCCUCCAAUGCCCCAAACACCACUUCCUUUCCCAACUAUGAUGACCCAAAUUCAUCCCCAAGUUCAACUAGUGCUUCCUCUGACCCUCUGAACCCCACCAUCAUGCUGGAAACCCUCUCUUGUUACAACAAUGACUGGAGAAGAGCUUUAGAGUUCUUCAACUGGGCCGAGACGCAGUGUGGCUUCCAUCACACCAGCCAAACGUGCAACCAACUUAUUGACAUUCUGGGAAAGUUCUUUGAAUUUGAUGCAGCUUGGAGCUUGAUUGAGAAAAUGAGAAGUGUAUCCUCCAUGCCUGACCACACCACUUUCCGAGUCUUGUUCAAACGUUAUGUGUCUGCUCACAUGGUAAAAGAAGCAAUUGAUAUGUUUGAUAAGAUGGAGGAAUUUAAUUUAAAAGAUCAAGUUUCAUUUUCAAAUCUAAUUGAUGCUUUAUGUGAGUAUAAGCAUGUGAUAGAGGCCGAAGACUUGUGCUUCCCUAAGAACAAGAAUGAUGUGAAGUAUUCAUGUUUUAAGGUGGACACAAAAAUAUGUAAUAUGCUUCUUCGUGGGUGGUUCAAGAUGAGUUGGUGGGGUAAAUGUAGACAGUUUUGGGAAGAGAUGGAUACAAGGGGUGUGCAAAAGGAUCUGUAUUCGUACUCAAUUUACAUGGAUGUACAGUGCAAGAGCGGAAAGCCAUGGAAAGCUGUAAAAUUAUACAAAGAAAUGAAGAAGAAAGGAAUUAACUUGGAUGUGAUCGCGUAUAACACUGUUAUCCGUGCUAUUGGGAUUUCAGAUGGUGUUGAUGUAGCAGCUAAGCUCUGUCAAGAGAUGAUUGAGUUGGGGUGCAAACCAAAUGUUUCUACGUACAACACACUGAUCAAGCUUAUGUGUGAAAAUGGGAGGUAUAGAGACGCAUAUAAAGUGCUUAGUCAAAUGCCUCACAAGGGUUGCGAGCCUAAUGUCAUUACAUACAACAGCUUCUUUGGUUGCCUUGAAAAGCCGAGAGAGAUUCUCAAAUUGUUUGAUAGAAUGAUUGAAAGCGGAGUGCGACCUAGGAUGGACACCUAUGUCAUGCUUAUGAGGAAAUUUGGAAGAUGGGGAUUUCUUCGACCGGUCUUUAUUCUUUGGGAAAAGAUGGAAAAACAGGGAUUGAGUCCAGAUGCGUCUGCUUACAAUGCAUUAAUUGAUGCCUUGGUACAAAAGGGUAUGGUUGAUAUGGCACGUAAAUAUGAUGAAGAGAUGUUAGCAAAGGGCCUUUCAGCUAAGCCGAGGGUAGAACUGGGGACAAAGUUGACUACUCCUGACUGUGAAGGCACCUGAUGACAAUGCAGUUAAGAUGUAAAAAACCCAUGUUGAACUUCAGCUGUUCUUUGUUAUCCUUGUGCUUGGUAACAGCAGGUGAUCCUCCUUUUGAAGUGUCUACAAAGUGCAAAAGCAACGCCUCAUGAAUUGACAUUCUUUGAAGAUACCAGAAUGUGUUUCAGUGAGCUACGUGUUUGUGGCUGCAUUGCAUCAGGUCUUGUGCAUCUAAAUCUGGCAAGCCCUCUGUUGACCUCAAGUCAUUUUGGUUAGAAUGCUUAUUUGACCGCACUGGAAAGAAAGAAUCAAACUGUGGUCUUUACCCUUUGGGAUUCUUUUCGAUGUAUACACCGACCUCUAAAGAUGGUGAGUAGUAGCCAAACAGGAGUUGUUUCACAUCACCUGUGUUGAUUGGGGACCUUGAAAGUUUUGUACCAAUUUCAGAGGCAAUGAGAGAUUCUGUUGUAAAGAUAACAACAAGUAACUUUUUAUUUCUUUCAAACAAGAGGUGAUCUUUUGAACUCAACAAACUUGUAUUAUGUGUGUAUUCUAAGUUGUUUGUUACUAAUCUGUUCAAAAGAGUGAGUUCAGACA